GAAAACAUCAGGUCAACAGGUUAAUUCUCUAAUCUUCAUUAUCGGUGAGCAGCAAUUUCGUUAGUGAGAUACUUUUCGUUAUUUUCAGCCAUAAGGGGAUAAUCAUGUCAGGCCGCCCUGUGCCUAUCGUUGUCCAGAAGAAUGAUAGUCGAGAGUUCGAGCUGGACGAAGACGCCCUCAGAAGCGUGCUGCUGAGUCCUGAAGUGGGCGACAAACCCGUCUGUGUGGUGGCCGUGGCGGGGGCGUUCAGGCAGGGCAAGAGCUUCCUUGUGAAUCAACUAGUGAAGUACUGCGUGAAUAAAGGCUCGCCAAACUGGUUAGACACUCCAUCGCUGCCAAACGCAGUCUUCAAAUGGCGAGGCGGCAUAGAGGGAGAGACCACCGGGAUCAACAUCUGGAGCAAGCCUUUCGUCUUCACCAAACCGUCCGGAGAAAAAGUGGCAGUGAUUCUUAUGGACACUCAAGGAACGUUCGACUGCCAAACAUCGAUGCAGGAGUCAACCUUCAUCUUCGCCCUGACGCUGCUGACGUCCUCCGUAACUGUGUACAAUCUGAUGUACAACAUCAAAGAAGACGACCUCAUGAACCUGCAGACGUUCUGCACCUUCGGGACCUUGGCGCAGAACUCCACCAACCAAAACUCCUGCGCAUUUCAGAAGCUACUCUUCCUGGUACGCGACUGGAGCUUUCCAACGCAGCAUCCAUACGGCCACCAGGGCGGCAAAAAUGUACUCGACAAAAUUUUGACGGUAAACGAAAAUCAGGAGCCGGCGCACCAGCGACUUAGAGAAGACCUCCACCAGAGUUUCGAGGACCUGGAGUGCUAUCUUAUGCCGCACAUUGGCUUGCGUGCCAGCAGGGAUAAAGACUUUGAUGGUCGACCAAAUCAAUUGGACGAAGAAUUCGUGGAGCACCUGAAGCAGCUGGUGCCUCGCCUGCUGGCGCCUGAGCGCCUCGUGGAGAAGCGCUCAGCCGCGCGUCGAGGACAACCCGCCACCGGGGAGGAGCUGGUGCGCCUCUUCAGGACCUACAUGGAGGCCUUCAGAGAGAAUAAAGAAGUUCUGCCGACCACCCUCGUUGAGAUAAUGGUGCGCGUCACAAGCGAUGAGACCAGCAAGAUGGCAUUUGAGCUUUACAAAAGUACAAUGGAUUCAAAAAUCCAAGCCCAUGGAAGAUCUCUUGAAGGUUUUCUUCUAUACAGCUAUCACUCAGAGUCAAAAAGAGAAGCUAUUGCAGCUUACGACAAGGAAAACCAAUACGCCAGAAGCAAGGCUUUGUCUGCAACUGUAGACAAAGUUAGGAAAAGCCUCGAAACGAGGAUUGAAGAAGUCUUCGGGACCUAUGUGCUGAAGAACAACAACAUGGCGAUGCACGAGAAGGCGAGAGAACGCGCAAAGGCGGAAGAACGAGCAAAGGCGGAAGAACGAGCAAAGGCGGAAGAACGAGCAAAGGAGGACAAGGCUGGACUAUUCAAAAAAACUGUUGAUGUUACUUCCGGAAUCGCAGCUGGAAUUAUCUUAUCACCCUUCAGAGCCGUGACGUCCGUGGUCGGAGACGUCGUUGACGUAUUAUCCAGACCUUCGGAAAGUGCGGGGAUAUCCCAGCGGGUGAUCUUAAAGUCCAUAGUCGAAAAAUAGCGCUGACUCAGACUCAGAUUGACCCUACAGCUUCGUAACGCAGGCCUUCGCUGUAGUUCCCAUGAUCGCGAUGAGAGGUCACGCUCGUUAUAUGCCAAGCAAGCAAGAAAAGGAAAAACAGAAAAAACAGUGAUAACGUCAUUUGAAAGAUUUGUUUCGUCGGAUGAAAUGAAGCAAGGUGGGAUUAAUAUUUUGCAAAUGACACUUUAAUGCAAAAUUAGACUUUAAUUCUCCGAAUUUAUGCGCAUUCAGAGGAAGAUAAGAAGAUUUGCUUCUUCUGGAAGACUCACCAGGUGUGUAAAAUGGUGAUUCAGAUUUAUUUUACUUCUCUUUAUGUAAGAGGAUUACAAGCGGCAAGCGAUCCAAAUCAGUUGUUCUCAACUUCUCAUCGAAAUAUCAAAUCAAAACAAUAUCAUGCGAGCAUCAAAAGUCAUGCUGAUCUAUUACCCUUGUAUGCUUCUGUCACUCAUCAAAUUGAUAAGAUUUACGGACAAGACCGCACUUUCAGAGUGAACAAAUAAACGAGUUGAUUUGGUAUACUGUACUUUAAAGCAUUGCAUUUAAUUUGAUUUCGUUGCUUUGAUUUCGAUGUUAUAGUUUCUAUGAUCCCUCUUUGGUAUGCUGUAAAUUAAAUCAUCACUGAGGAUGAGACGUCCACCUUGCUUGGGAAACUUGGAAAAUGAAGAGUUGUAUAUACUGAAACUUGCCUUGGAUGCUGGAACAUGUUCAAAAUACUCGGUAUAGGAUUGUAUAGUUUCAACUUAUUCAUUUCGACACUUCCUAUAAAAAUAUUUCUUUUCCAUUGAAUCACGUGAGUUCGUAUUUACAUCAGGAAUACAAAAGAGAAAAUAAAGUUCUAUGUACUCUCUUCAUUUACAUGCAUUUUACUUAUGUGUGUUUUUUACGAUGACAUUUUUGCCAGCGUAGCAUCUUAGGCCACGGGGCCUUUUGCCGAUUCUUGUCAUGGCCGGCAGAGUUUUUCACAGCUUUUUGCGGGUCUCGAACACGCAACGCACUGCUCUAAUAUCCAUUAUACCUAACCGCAAGGCACCUCGUCGAUUGCGAUCAGAACUGCCGCAGGAAGCUGGGAUAAUGACGAUACGAGAUCGUAAUAAUAGUAAUGCCGUUGAUGCUGACAGUAAGAAUGUAAAUACGGGGGUGAGGCAAUCGAGAUUCAAAAAGUAGGCGGCGUACAUGUACAUUUUUUGAUGAAGGGGUCAAGUCGUUAAUCGUAUUUGCUGUGUGUCUGUCUUGGUACGUUCCAUCAGUACCUCAGCGCUGGAUUACUACACCUAAACGUGAUAUUCGGAAACUGGCAUCUAGCAACAGUCGGCGCUUCGUGUAGGCUGUAGGGGGUGUAAGUGUAGUGUGUUGUCACUGCACCGAGUCCUGCAACUGUUGUGGGGGGAAGUCUUCUGGGUGGAGUCGGUAUAAGGUUGCUGUUACUGUAAGGAUAUUUGACAUGUAUGUUGUUUUCUUGUGUGGGCCUUUACAUUGUGGGAUGCGUUCAGUUUCAAAGUCUUCUUUGUCUCCGUCAUUUCGUAACAUUUUCUUGUGUUUGUAUUAUGUGUCUUCGGGAUGUUUGAAAUUAAAUAGCCAACGUGAGCAAAAACUCCAGACAAACUCUACGACGUCUCGCGAUAAAAACAAACUUAAAUAAAAAUGUAAUGUUAAGGAAUGUUAAUU